CUUCAUGUGACUAUUUCUCUAUAAAAGUUGACAUUAUUCCAGAAGAGAAUCUCAAAACAAAACAGAGACGUGAUUGUCCUGUUAUGAAACCACUUUCGAUUGCAGAGAAAAAGUAUUCCAAUCAUUCCAUUUCAACUGGGUGCGGCUCUAUUCAGUCCCUUCUUCAUCCCACGCCAUUAUUUUACCACCACAAGCUCUUCUGCAACUUUCAAGUUUCGACCCGUCGGCCAGAAUGAUUCCAGAUUCUAUUGAUCCGGCCCACCACUCCAACGGCGAUCGGCUCCGGGAGCAUCUACUGGUGGUGAGCGAGGAAAGUGAAGACGGAGGAGUGGAUGGUCAUCUCAAGAUUCGGAUUCGUAAUCUGACCAAGGUUUCGGACGGGACGGAGAAUCCGAUUCUGAGAGGAAUCAGCGUGGAUAUACCCAAGGGGAAGAUCGUCGGAAUUAUUGGGCCGAGCGGAGGCGGGAAGUCCACGACGCUUAGGGCUCUCAAUCGGCUCUGGGAGCCGCCGCCGGGGACCGUGUUUUUGGACGGUCACGAUAUCGUCGAUCUCGACGUUCUCGACCUUCGCCGGAAUGUCGGCAUGCUCUUCCAAAUCCCCGUUCUCUUUGAAGGGACUGUUGCUGAUAAUAUUAGAUAUGGACCACAGUUAAGGGGAAAGAAGCUGAGUGAUGAUGAAGUUUACAAGUUACUCACUAUAGCAGAUCUCGACUCCUCGUUCUUUAGCAAGAACGGCUCUGAAUUAUCGGUCGGGCAAGCUCAACGUGUCGCACUCGCUCGUACCUUAGCAAACGCGCCUGAGGUGUUGUUGCUCGACGAGCCAACAAGCGCAUUGGAUCCAAUCUCGACAGAGCACAUCGAGAACGUGCUGGUGAAGCUGAAGAAGAAGAGGGGAUUAACCAUUGUAAUGGUGUCCCAUAGCAUCAAACAAAUCCAGAGAAUUGCAGACAUAGCCUGCCUGCUCGUGGACGGCGUGAUCGUCGAAAUCCUAUCCCCCGACAGACUCUCGGAAGCAAAGCACCCAAUGGCCCUCAAGUUCCUUGAACUCGGCUCUUGAAAUUUAAAAAAGAAAAAACCCUUCAUUGUUCAUGUGUCCUCGUGUUUGUUUGUACACACAUUCAAAGAUUUCUCACUUCCAAUGAAGACAAAACAAACAAACAAUGUCGUAUCGGUAU